AUGCGACGAGAACAAGUCUUCAUUAUGAAGUCCCUCGGAAUUGCCGCCCUCGCUUGCUCGCUUGCUGCGUCGUCUGUACAGGCUGAGAGUUACACCGAAGCACUUAUCAGUCUGCACAAAACACUUGUGGAGGUUGACUCAACCACAAAAUCCGAGGCACCUGGAACGGAAGCUCUGAAGACCUACCUCGAAACAAAAUUUACGGUUGAGCUUCAGGCUGUUGAAGGCGACCGCAAGAACGUCUACGCGUAUCCCGGAAACUCUCGCAACAGCCGCGUUCUUCUCACGUCACACAUUGAUACCGUGCCGCCUUACAUUCCAUACUCACGCAAUGGCGAAGAGAUUAGGGGACGUGGCACUGCGGACGCUAAGGGUAGCGUCGCCGCCCAGAUCAUUGCCGUAGAGGAACUCCUCGAGAGUGGUGACAUCAAAGACGGUGAUGUCUCUCUGUUGUUCGUUGUGGGCGAGGAAUCAGGCGGUCAAGGGAUGCAGACUGCCAACAACCUCAAUGUUACAUGGGAGGCGGUCAUCUUUGGCGAGCCGACAGAGAACAAACUUGUACGUGCCCACAAGGGAGUGUUGGGCCUUAAUGUCACGGCCAGCGGAAUUGCGGGGCAUUCUGGGUAUCCCGAACAAGGACGCAAUGCAAUUGAUCUACUUGUUCGCUCGUUGGGUGCGAUCAUCGACGUCGACUUGCCGUCUUCUGAACAAUUCGGAAACACUACUUUGAACGUAGGCGUCAUAGAGGGUGGAAUUGCGAGCAAUGUCAUUCCUGAGAAUGCUACUGCGCGGACGUCUAUUCGAGUUGCUGUCGAGGACGUAGACUCAGUCAAAAGCAUCAUCAGCCAGGCAGCAUAUGCCGCCACGCCAGAGCAUGUGAGCCUCUCUUUUAACGCAGGCGCAAAGCCAGUAAGUCUGGAUUAUGAUAUUGAUGGCUUCAACACCACUGUCGUGAACUAUUUCACAGAUGUCCCCAACUUGAAGGGCACACACAAGCGCUAUUUGUAUGGUCCAGGGACGAUUCUUGUGGCCCACUCAAACGACGAGCACAUCACUGUUUCCGACCUUGAAACGGCUGUUGAGGGCUACAAGACACUCAUUUUAGAGUCUUUGAAGAAAUGA